CUCUGAUGAUUUCGUUCAGUAUAUGUUAUUGUUGUUCAUCCUCUCUCUUUUAAACGUAUUAUAUCCUACUCUGUCUUUCCCGAUUCAUUCGCUUUUGCGUCCUCCCAAAUCCCCCCCGCCCUUCCCACAGCGACGUGUCCCAACCAGCCAUGAAGGCUCAGCAGACCCGGUAACAGCAAAGGCAUGGAGAAAACACGGGUCGCUAAGGUUGAAGAUGUGACCUUGGCACGUCGCGGGGAACAAGUCGUUGGCACACUACAUCUCACCCCUCACCAUAUCAUCUUCUCCCACAUUCCCCCUCAGUCUGAAAACGCACAAGGAGAAGGUGCGAUCGUCCGGCCAAAGGAGCUUUGGAUUACGUACCCGAUCAUCUCCUUCUGUACCUACCGCCCGACCCCCGCGGUCUCCCGUCAACCGUCGUCAAUUCGCCUGCGUUGCCGAGAUUUCACAUUCGUCUGUUUCUACUUCAGCGCAGAGAGUAGGGCUCGAGAUGUAUACGACAGCAUUAAGUCGUGGACGUGCAAAAUUGGCCGGCUCGAUAAACUCUAUGCGUUUACCUACCAACCUCCCCCGCCUGAACGGGAAUUAAACGGCUGGGAACUGUAUGAUGCCCGCCACGAGUGGGCGAGACAAGGGGUCAGCCAGGAUGGAAAGGGCUGGCGCAUUUCUCAAAUAAAUUCUGACUACGGGUUUUCGGCAACGUACCCAGCCCUUUUGCCUGUACCCGCCAAUAUCUCCGAUAACACAUUGAAUUACGCUGGACGUUAUCGGUCGCGCGCACGAAUACCGGUCCUUACCUAUCUCCAUCCCGUCAACAAUUGCUCGAUCACAAGAAGCUCUCAGCCACUUGUUGGCGUCCGCCAGAACCGAAGUAUCCAGGAUGAGAAGCUUCUGGCUGCCAUAUUUACAACCUCACGGUCAGAUAGACCGCUAGCGAAUGUCAGCCCACCGAGUCUCGAGUCUGAGUCCUCGACUUCGACACAGGGUGACGUCUCGAGUAGUCAAACCCUGCCCGAGCUCGCGAAUGCUGAGGAAUUGGAAGACGAGCUACUAGCCUCGUUCAAUGAGGAGUCUAAUGAAAAGCAGCACAUCUAUGGAGCUCAACAGCACAACCUUAUUGUUGAUGCGCGGCCGACCGUUAAUGCGUUUGCUAUGCAGGCUGUUGGCCUUGGCUCGGAGAACAUGGACAAUUACAAAUUUGCUACGAAGGCAUACCUUGGCAUUGACAACAUCCAUGUGAUGAGAGACUCCUUGAACAAAGUGAUCGAUGCUCUCAAGGAUUCGGAUCUUACCCCACUCGGCCCAAAUAAAGACCAGCUUACUCGCAGCGGUUGGCUGAGGCAUAUCUCCGGGAUUCUAGAUGGUGCCGGUCUGAUCACGCGUCAAGUUGGCCUUCAGCAUUCACACGUAUUGAUCCAUUGCUCGGACGGGUGGGAUCGCACAAGUCAGCUCAGCGCAUUGAGCCAGGUCUGUCUUGACCCGUAUUUUCGAACUCUUGAAGGGUUUAUGGUAUUGGUAGAAAAGGACUGGAUGUCCUUUGGUCACAUGUUCCGGCAAAGAUCGGGCCAUUUAAACAGUGAGAAAUGGUUCCAAAUCGAAAACGAAAGAAUUGGGGGCGACUCCAACAGGGCUUUUGGCGAAGGGGGUGGUGCAGGCAAAGCCAUCGAAAACGCAUUCCUAAGUGCCAAGGGAUUCUUUAAUCGAGAGAAUACUAGCCGUGAUUCGCUUGGAGAGUCGGACGGGGAAGUUCAAAACUACGAUUCCGAUAGCCCUGGUUCUAGGAAACCUAGUUCUGCACCAAGGACUGUCGUUACAGAGAAGGAAAUUACCAAGGUUAAAGAAACCAGCCCCGUCUUUCAUCAAUUUCUCGAUGCAACCUAUCAACUGUUGUAUCAAUAUCCGACACGGUUUGAGUUCAACGAGCGGUUUCUACGACGUCUGCUUUAUCAUCUCUAUUCGUGUCAGUAUGGUACCUUUCUCUUUAAUAGCGAGAAAGAGCGCGUGGAAUGUAAAGCGAAGGAGCGGACGCGAAGCGUUUGGGAUUAUUUCCUCGCGCGGAGGGAGCAAUUCGUCAACCCUAAAUACGACCCCCAGAUUGAUGACCAUAAGCGCGGCAAAGAGCGGCUGAUUUUCCCGCGAGUCAACGAGGUCAGAUGGUGGAGUGAGGCUUUUGGUCGAUCAGAUGUAGAAAUGAAUGGUGUCCGCGCAUCUGGCACCUUCCAGGCCAGCAUUCGUGAAGCCUCGAGCGCAGAGCGAACUCCCGUCCUCACGGGGGUUGAAAACGCCUUCCAUUCCCUUGGAAGCGGUUUGCCUGCGAGUCAGACCCCCCCUCCUCAAAACAGGAUGGGUGCAGGAGUCACCUCUGGGGUUUCGAAUCUGUCGCUCUCAACCAGCAGGGAGAAUAGUCCUGACCCGAAACGAAUGAAUCAAAUGGAGGCAGAGCCUGAGGUGUCCAUAGGAAAUAGCAAACCCUAUUCCCAAAAAUUCCCCACUAACGCCGAACUUCUCAAAACUGACCUGAACCUCGAACGACUUCCCAACUUCGGUGCACCGCCUAACCACCGCGUCCUCGGCCGUUUCUUCGACAACCCUCAUUUCUCGAUCCGCAGAAACGCAAUCAUGGCUGCUGUCCAGGGAGCUAUUUCGAAGCGCCGCAAGUUCGUCGCCGACGGUGUCUUCUAUGCCGAGUUGAACGAGUUCUUCCAGCGCGAGCUGGCUGAGGAGGGAUACUCCGGUGUCGAAGUCCGCGUUACUCCCACCGUCACCGAUAUCAUCAUCCGUGCCACCCACACCCAGGAGGUUCUCGGAGAGCAGGGUCGCCGCAUCCGUGAGCUCACCUCCCUCAUCCAGAAGCGUUUCAAGUUCCCCGAGAACUCUGUUUCCCUCUAUGCCGCCAAGGUCCAGAACCGCGGUCUGUCCGCCGUCGCUCAGUGCGAAUCCCUCCGCUACAAGCUCCUCAACGGUCUGGCCGUCCGCAGGGCCUGCUACGGUGUUCUGCGAUUCAUCAUGGAGAGCGGUGCCAAGGGUUGUGAGGUUGUUGUUUCCGGAAAGCUGAGGGCCGCUCGUGCCAAGUCCAUGAAGUUCACGGACGGAUUCAUGAUCCACUCCGGUCAGCCCGCUAAGGAAUUCAUCGACUCUGCUACCCGCCACGUUCUCCUCCGCCAGGGUGUCCUCGGUAUCAAGGUUAAGAUCAUGCGCGGCUCCGACCCCGAGGGCAAGGCUGGUCCUCAGAAGACCCUCCCCGACUCCGUCACCAUCAUCGAGCCCAAGGAGGAGCAGCCCAUUGUGCAGCCCAUGAGCCAGGACUACGGUGCUAAGGCUAUUGCCGCUCAGCAGCUUGCCGAGCAGCAGCGUCUGGCAGAGCAACAGGCGACGGAGGCUCAGGAAGGUGCCAGUGCCGAGGUUUACGCUCAGGAGUAAAUUGGGUUUUUAUUUCUCUCGCCUUAGGUCCCGCUCUUCCUCUUCAUUCCUGUCAUCCUACCCUAUUUACAUGACGCAAAAAUAAAGAACUACAUGAUCUUCAAAAAGCUUUCUACAUGAUGUUUAAAAAAACAAAACAUUUCUACGUCCCUCUUGGUCUCGUGUUUGCGUGCGUAUGUAUGGUGUGGUUUCGAUUCAGCGUAGAUCCCCUUAUUUCGAAGGACUAGGGUGAUAGAGAGGUGGAAAUCCGCGGAAUGGAUGAGUCAGUCAUUCCUUCAGCCUAGCAACUGUCUAAACCGGGUUCUUAAAAUUGAAAGUAACUUAACAUAACUAUAGCCUAGUUUGAACAAGGAGUUCACUCUUCCAUCCAC